AUGUCUGAUGAAUCGGUAACUAAGGACCCACAAGAGGAAAUCUUGAAAGUUGAAUCGAAACAAAAGAUAUAUUUCCGUUUUGUCACCUACUUGGCGUUCUUUUUGGUGAUCUUUGGGGUCGGGUUGCCAACAUGGCUUUCUACUACCAGUAUUCCAAAAGAGUUGCUAAUGGUGGACAAAAUGGUGGAAUAUGAACACAAUAUCUACGAUAAUUUAAAGAUCGCAGUUCCUGUAUACGUCAACCUUCCUUUAGAAUCGGCAGAUGACUCCGUCAUUGAACAAAGCCAGGCGUUUUUGAACAAAUACCUUGAUGAGCUUAUUAGUAAUGAAUUGCCAUUGCAAUUCCGUUACGAAAUCAACCUUAUCAAUAACCAUAAUGAUAAAAAUUUGGAUGCGUACAAGCAUUAUAUUGUUAAUAUUCAACGCCAUCAAAACAACAACGAUGGGGGAUCGCUACAUAUCUCGCCGUACUCUAAGGAAAUCACCAUUUCCACUGGUGAUGAUUUGUUGGCCAUUGACACCGCUGAUUUUGUCGCAAAAUCUCUAGUUCAUGAGGUUUUCCGUUACGAAUUAGAGCUAUACUCUGGAAAAAGUAAGGACACCCAGAUGGCGUUUGAAACGGGGGCAAAUUACCACUUAUCGUUCUUUUUAUUGAAUGGCGAUGGUGAUUACAUCUCAUGGGACUUCAAGGAUUUCUACGACCAGUAUCUUGGGGGAUUCUUGGAAUUGAUCUCAACAUUUGCCAACUUCACAGUCGAUUCCCAAAUCGAAUAUUAUUCCACUUUGACCAAUGUCCCAAGAUUCAACGAGUCAGAAAACGCUUACUUAUUAUACGAAGGUGACACUUCGGUGUUUGUCAACCACGAAAAAUGGAACCUUGACAACAACGUGUUGAUCUCCUCUAGUAACGACAAGUCGUUGGCAUUCUUGAACAUGAUCUUGUACGUCCCAUCAAAAGAAUUCCAGCCGCUCAAGGUUAAGGGAUCCAAAACCAAUAGUUUCAUCACCCCACAAUACGGGGGCAUUCAGAUAUUGAACUUACGAACCGAUGAAAAGUUCCAAAACGCCAGCGCCAAUAAUAUCUUGACAGUUGAGGACUUACAGCCAAUUUUUGAAAUCUUCAUCUCCCAAAUUUUCACAUUGUUGGGUUUGCCAAAACAUCCUAAAUCACCAUACAUCAGACUCGACUUCUUGACCAGGUACUUCAUCAUAAAUAAUUUGGUCAAAUCAACCAAUAACUUGGGGUCCUUGGUUCGUUUGAUCAACAGCUUGCCAUCAAUCUCCAUUCCAAAUAAUACUCAAAAACAUGUCUUGAACUCUUUUGAAUCAAUCGACAGAUCUAUUGCCUACUUGAAAGAAUUUAACUUAAAGGAAAGCUCCCAAUCCGCUAACACUGCGUUAGUCGAGUCCAAUUUAGCAUUCUUUGAAAAAGAAAUGGUUCAGCAGAUAUAUUUCCCAGAAGAGCAUAAAUUUGCAGUUUAUAGUCCUUUAUUGGGUCCAAUUGCCACAAUUUUAUUCCUUGGAUUAGUUAGACUAUCGCAGGAUGUUAAAACUUUGAAGAAACAUUACUGGAAUAAGAAAGUUAAACUAAAUUGA